CUUUAGUGUGAGCCUGGCGCGCUGACCAGCGACGGUCAUUUCCCCAGAUGAAAAACUCCCGUCGUCUCGCCUAUUCUCCUUUCACUCUGUUGUUGAAAUGUGAGAUGGCACAGCUAUUGCUGCUGCUGCCGGCCUGAAACCAAAUCCCACCUUGCUUUGAGAGAGAAAAGUUUCGGGGGUGUUCGUCAGCAUGUGGCUCUACCAUCUGCUGCUGAUCGCCCUUCUGGAACGGCUGGUGGCCGGCACCACCUGCUACUUCCCUGAGGGCAACGUGGCCGAGGAUUACACGCCUUGCUCGGACAAUGGCGUCUCGUUCUGCUGCAACAAGGACUCAAUUUGCCUCAGCAAUGGCCUCUGCACCUCCAUGCAUCAACCGUAUGUUCUCGGCCGCGGCGCCUGUACCUCCCAAAGUUGGAACGAUACCUCGGUCUGCGACGAUGUCUGUCACGGAAGUACGUGGGAUCCCUCGCUCCUCUUAUAUUUGGCUUCAACUUCUUCUACUGUUCUUCUUCAAUGCGACUGACCAAAUGUCGCAAAAUAACAGUCACCACCGCGUGGAGCAGCGCCUGCUCCCUAAUCCUCUACGGCACCGUGAACGGAGUCAAGUUGUACUGCCCCAACUCAAUUAUUUCCAACGGAACCGACUCCCUCGGAUGCGCCAAUGGUGUCUCACCCAUUUCAGUGGGCACUGGCAAGCCCAUUGCCGGCAAAGCCUAUCUGGCCAGCUACUCCCUCCUCC